UUCAUUACAAUGCCGUGUUUUGCUGUUGUUAGGGAUAAGUUAAGCUGCAGGAGGGGGAUGUUUGGAGGAAUGAGCCGUCCGAUAGCAAGUCUGCUCAAAACUAAAAUAUCAGGGCGUCAUAACUAGCUCCUUGUUGGCCAUCUAGAUCUUUCUUCAGACUUCAGCUAUCUUAUCUUGCGUCCCUUCCGCUCCGUCCAAACCAGAGGGACUUGUCGCGAUUGUGAUUAUCAAGAAUGAAUCCAACGUGCUACUGGUAUAGUCGUUUCGGAAUGCGGAAGAGUUGUUUAUAGGAGGGCUGUUCGCAUUCUUGUGUGCCCCUGCAUUUCAUGGGAGAGCUUCAAGCUACAGUGGAGUUCUCCAUUGAACUUCAUAAGUUUUUCAAUGUUGACCUUUUCCAGAGAGGGCUGUACCAGUUGCAGGCCUGGCUGCAGGUAUCCCCCAAGCUGCUGCAUCAGAUCGAGGUGACUUGUGCUGAACCCUCUUCCAACGCGCACACGCACACGCCGGUGGCGCCGGCGCGCGCCGACCAGGAGCGUGCCUUCAGCCAGACCUUCCAGAUCCUCUACCGCAAUGAAGAGGUGGUGCUGGAGGAUGUGUUCAAUUUCAAGGCACACAUCGUGCUGGACGCCAACAAGCUGGUGGAGGGCCUGGAGAAGGCCGCCUUCCAGCUGGCGGUGGAGCUGCACUUCUCGGAGGGUGCCGAGGGUUCGGCGACCGCGGCCGCACCCCUCCAGCCCGUCUCCUGUCGACACCUGAAGCUGCACUUCGCGCCGCUGAGGGGCCUGCACUACCACCUGCCGGUGCUGUUCGACUACUUCCACCUGGCGGCCGUGUCGCUGACCUUCCACGCCGCGCUGGUGGCGCUCCACCAGCCCUACAUCGAUACCCACUUUGUGAUGCUGGUUGUUCUCUGUUCGCCUGCUUGUCAGGAGGCCAAGCAAUGGCAUAACGCCGACAUGCACGCCGCGGCCUCGGCCCUGGUACUCGUCCCCGAAGGUGACCGGCAGGCGCGGACAGCCGGCCUUCUCCACCAUGGAGACGGUGAUCUUCGCACUCCGACCGGCUGCGGCGCGAGCUCGCGGCUGGAGCACGCGCGCACCGUGCACCGGGCCGUCUGCUCGCUACUGCUGGCCAGCUACGAGGCGCUGCAGAGCCAGCUGGCCGUGGUGAACCGGCUGCUGCCCGUCUGGCAGCGGCUGCCCACCGCCUCCGUGGACUGCCGCCAGCGGCUGGCCUCGCUCUCCGAGACGGCCAAGGACUGCUGCCACCGCAUGUUCGGCCGGUCCGGCCGGCGGCGCUCGCCGGCGGAGGGUCGCGCCUCUCGGUCGGCAGGCAGCGACGAGGACCUGAUGGCGGUGGCCAACAGCGACAUAGCGCAGCUGUGCGCCGAGCUGAUCCUGCUCUGGCAGCAGUUCCUGGAGCUGGCCGGCCGGCGGGAGCAGGUGCGCCGCUCGCUGGCCCGACAGCACCACACGCUCAGGGUGAAGCGGUUCGCUGAGGCGUUUUUCACGAUGGACAACCCGCGCUCGGCGGCCACCGGCUGCUUCGACAACGCCCCGCAGCGGUACAUGGCCAUGACGGAGGCGGUGCGACGGUCAGCCUACCUGCAGAGGCUGCCGCCGCUGCCGGUGGAGUGUGCAGAGCUGGACGGCGACCCGCACACCACGCCCGUCAUCUACGAGGACCAGUACCAGCACGUCAGCGAGUUCGUGCGCCGGCGUCGACAGCACGCCGGCCGCUCACAAGCUGUGACCGACUCGGGCGCCAUCACGGCCGCGCUGAUGGAGGAGCUGCGCACGGCCAGCACACUGCCGGCGGCCGAGCAGCGCGCCGGGCACCGCGGGCAGUCGAUCGAAGUGCUGCAGAGGGUCGACGCGUCUUCGGCCUCUGCCGCCGCCGCCGCGGCGUCCUCUGCCAAGUUCGUCAGCCUGAACGGCCUGACGUUGGAGGAGGGCGCGCUGUCGCCGGGCGCCGAUAGCUCGCUGCGCCGCUCGCACAGCAGCCUAAGCGUGCCGGAGGCGGCACGCGCGGCCGGUCGGCGGCGUCAGCUGGGUUCGCUGCCGGACCUAGCGGCGCCGCCGCUCACCAGUCUGGAGGGCGGCAGCAGCGGUGGCGAGUCGCUCUCCAAGAGCUCGAGCCUGCAGUUCGGCCCGCAGGCGGCGCGCGCCGCCGCCACCUCCAGCACCGCCGGCUCCAUCGGCUCCAAGUCUGCGCGGUCGAGCGGGGAGUUCGACGGCGACGCGCUGUACGGUAGCCUGUCGGAGAUCGACGCGGCCGGACCGGCGCGCCAGCACCAGAAGCGGCUCAGUCUGCGCAUGCUGAGCGGCGCCCAGUCCAUCGGCAACCUGAUGACGCGCAAGGACUCGCGCAAGAAGCGGCGCAGUCGUCAGGGCGCCGACGACAGCUACGGCGCGCGGUCGGGCUCGCCGCCGGGCGGGGCGACCACGGCCUGCACCGUGCUGGAGAUGUUCAGCGACGGCUUCGGCACCCGGCUGGAGGACGACGACGAGCCCGAGACGUCCACCAGCGUCAGCGUCGACCGCAGAUGCGGGCUGCCCCUGGCCGGCAGCUCGGCCGGCGCCGCGCCCUGCCUGCCGACAACGGGCCACCAGGGCCGCGAGGUCUCCUGUGACUGCUACUCGGCCCUGGAGAACGGCGACCAGGCGCUGCGGCAGCGGCUGGCCGCCGCCGUCGGCGCGCGCACCUUCCACUUCAUCACGGCCAAGGAGCAGUUCAAGCAGCAGAUGAAGGGCCGCUUCCCGGGUGAGCUGUACAGUGACUACCUGGGCGUGGUGACGUCGCUGCCGUACUUCCUGAUCCCGGACGAGUACCGGCUGUUCAGCUCGGCCGGCCUCCACCUGGUGGUGUGCGUGCACGGCCUGGACGGCAACGCCGCCGACCUGCGGCUCGUGCGCACCUACCUGGAGAUCGGCCUGCCCGGCUCCAACCUCGAGUUCAUAAUGUCGGAACGGAACCAGGGCGACACGUUCUCCGACUUCGACACGCUGACGGACCGGCUGGCCGAGGAGAUCUCGUACCACAUCGAGGCCUUCCACCUGCAGCCGACUCGGAUCAGCUUCGUGGGCCACUCGCUCGGCAACAUCAUCAUCCGCAACGUGCUGACGCGGCCGCAGCUGCAGCCGCACCUGGACAAGCUGCACACGUUCCUCAGCCUGUCGGCGCCGCACCUCGGCACGCUCUACAACAACAGCGGGCUCGUCAACAUGGGCAUGUGGUUCAUGCAGAAGCUGAAGAAGUCGGGCUCGCUGCUCCAGCUGGCCAUGAAGGACGCGGUGGACGUACGCCAGACGUUCCUUUACCGGCUGGCCAUGCGCUCCCAGCUGCACCAGUUCCGGCACGUGCUGCUCACGGGCAGCUCCCAGGACAAAUACGUGCCCAUUCACAGCUCGCGCAUCGACCUGUGCAAGGCUGCCAUCCGCGACCCGACGGCCACCGGCGCCGCCUACCGGGAGAUGGUGAACAGCAUCAUCGGGCCGAUCGUGCAGCGGCCGGACGUGUCGCUGGUGCGCUACGACGUGCACCACGCGCUGGCCAACAACGCCAACUCGCUGAUCGGGCGCGCCGCCCACAUCGCCGCCCUCGACUCGGAGCUCUUCAUCGAGAAGUUCAUGGUCGUGGCCGGGCUUAAGUACUUCAAGUAACGUCGACGGCUCGGCGCGGUCGGGAGGACGGAGCCUGCCGCGGCCUCUGCCUGAGGGUGGGGUUGCGCUGUGCGGUGCCGUGGCCGACCCCGGUCAGUCGGCCACCGUUUGCACUCGUCCGGCGGCGCGGCCCGCCCCGGCCGGGGGUGGGGCCCCCCGCGCGCCGAUCCUCCGCUCUCCCACCCUCUCCCCCAUCUCCAUCAGCGGCCGUAAUUGGGCGAC